AUGAUCACUUGCCCAUGUCAGCACAACAAACAAGAAGCGAAAUGCUUGGCCACCAAAGACAGUGAAGGGAGCCUGAAGAAGUCGCUGAAAUGCGAUGACGAAUGUGCGAGGCUUGAGCGUAACCGCAAGCUUGCCUUGGCUCUCAAUGUGGAUCCCGAAGCCCACAAAGAUGACCAUAUCCCUUACUCGGCAGAGACGCUCUCUCUAUAUCAACAAAACGUCCAAUGGGCUCAAACACAGGAAAGGGAGUUCCGCGUUUUUGCUACUAGCCCCGAGGAGAAAAGGCUUCGGUUCAAGCCCAUGCCUGCCCAGCAGCGUGCAUUCAUCCAUGCUUUGGCUGAAGACUUUGGUCUGGACUCGGAGAGCAUGGACCCUGACCCUCACCGCCAUGUAGUGAUCUACAAGACCCCAAGAUUCGUCUCGGCACCGACGAAGACUGUAGGCGAGUGCGUCCGCAUCCGCUACAACCAACGCGCAGCCACUGCCACGGCCCCGGCUGCUGCUACCGAUGCAACAAAGAAGCUCAAGGCUAGCAAUGUCGUCGGCGAUCCGUACAACGGCUUCCUGCUAACGAACUCUCGAUUCGCUCUUACCAUCGAAGAACUGCGCGCCGCCAUCCGCCCUGUCACUGACUCCGCACCAGCGGUCCAGUUCGACAUCUCUUUCCUUCCCAGUGACGAGGUCGUCCUGAAAGCCAGUGCCGCCCUCUCGGAACGCGACCUGGAGGCCACUCUCAAGCACAUCAAGGCAGGCCUCGCCCGCGAGAUCCGCUCACACGCCCUUGGAAGUAUCCAGCUCUGUCGGCUGGACGCCAGCCUGAACAUCCUCCGUCGCGAGAUGGACAGCGCCGCCAAUGGUGGGUGGAGUCAGGUUGCAGCCAAAGCGGCAGCGCCAGCAAGGAUGCGUCCGCAGCAGACUACAAGAGCCGGUUCAAACAGCUUUACCGUAUUAAGCCUAAGCAACAAGAGUAAGGAGAGCAGAGAGAAGAACAAGAAGAAGGCGGUUGAAGAGGCGGUUGAUGAUUGGGAGGCGGCGGAGGCCAUGGAAGAAGAAAAGGAGAGGCUGGAGAGUGGACAUGCUAGCAAGGUGGCUAGUGGUGCAGUUACAGAGGAUGAGGCGGAGGGGACACAUGCCGUGGCGGAGAAUGACAUGAAAGUCGAGACUCCCGGUUCUGGUGAGGAGGACAUGGGUCCUGCAGAGGGGGUUGAGAUCAAAGCUGAGGAAACUGCCACAAUUUAA